CAUAACAGAGAUAAGAUACUUGGAUUUCUUUUUGCAAAAUCACUAGUGAGCCACAUUUGGUGCAGAUAGAAACACAUUCACUCUGGUCAGGGCAGUGAUUCAAGUUGAUGCAACUGGUGUCAAUGAUCCUCAUCAUCAUUUAGCUUUUGAGGUAAGAAUGCUUGGAGUAUUGACAUGUUUUGACUAUUAUUAACUGUAGAUCUAAUGUUUGAUGCAAUGAUGUGGUCCAGUUAUCGGACAGUCUAGUUCUUUUUCUUUCCUAGCGUAUAGUUCACGGUCUUCCACACUUUUUUUUUUGCUUUUAUAAAUCUAUAGUCUUGUUAUGCCCAACCGAUGUUACAACUGCACCACCAGAACCAGAAGUUUACCUAACUAAUCAUCUUCGAUAUUUUCCCAUUGUUUAUCCCAAAAAAAACCCUCCGAAGUCUCCCAACUUUCUUGCUCAUAGCCAUGGAGUUCGAACACCAACACAACACAACCACCAAAACUAGAAAACUACCCACUGAGACAACCUGCACCAUCCUUUCUUGUUUCUUCUGCACUAUGUUGAAUGAGCCAGACCCAUCACUUAGAAGAGUUAAAAUCUCCAAAUGCUUCAAAGAAAUGCCUCUCGAUGACGACCAAGAACAUGUUCUAGUCUUAAGUGGACUCUGGAACAUAGCCAUGACUCAACCGGACGACCCAGAAUUCCCAUCUCUUGGCAUCUUUGAGUGCAUGGCAAAACUAAUCCGCAAAGGCAUCAAUGAGCAAGCCUGGCUUCUCAAGGACCAGAACAUCUAUAUCCCAUACUAUGCAGCCCAUAUCAUCGGAUCCUAUACUAUGAACAAGUCUCAAUUUGCAGAAAAAGCAACAAAAUCAGGCGUGAUUUUGCCGUUAAUGGAACUUUUGAGAGGUAAGAUUAGUUGGGUCGAGCAAAGAGUUGCAGUUAGAGCACUUGGUCACUUGGCCAACCAUGACUCAACUUUUGAAGCCAUUGCUGUGCAUGAAGUGGAGAUCAUACAAUUAGCCAUGAAGAUAGCCUCUACAUGCCUCGACGAAGUCUAUGAUAAGUUCAUUGCUGUGAAGGAUUCAAAGAAGUUGAAGUACCACUGUGACCUGCUGACUAGAGGGCUUGGAGGGUUGGAGAUUGAGAACAGAAAGGCAGAGGAAUGGGCUAGCCAUCUUCAGUGUUGGUCUCUCUAUCUCCUCAACUGCUUUGCAUGCAAAGAAAGAUCUCUCAGUUUAAUCUGCAAGAAGAAAUUCUUAAAAGAUUUGUGUGGAAUGUGGGGUGGUUUAGCAAAUCGAACCUCGCCUGCUGGAGUAGGACUCAUAAGAACUCUGUGUCAGACAAAAAGUGGUAAAACAAGUGUAGCAGAUUUGAAGGAAGUCAUAGAGUUUCUUUGCAAUCUUUCAAGAUCCUCAGAUGACUGGCAGUGCACGGCUAUUGAUUCUCUUUUGCUAAUUCUUAAAGACCCAGGUACAAGAUAUAAAGUAAUCGAUAUUGUAGCUCCAAUUCUUGUUGAUUUGGUUGAACUUGGAAGCUUUGGAGGAAGUUCAAACGUAGGAGACACAAUCACACAGGCACUUUUACAAGAUUACCACAAAAUAAAGUAUGGUAAUUUGAAGUUGAAGAGCAAAAGAGCUGAGAGAGCAUUAGGAGAAACAUGGGACUUGAAGGUUGAAAGGAAAAAGAGAGAGAAGCUAAUGUCUAAACAAGAAGUUAGAGAGAGAAAACUCUUGGUGGGUAAGCUUAAAAAGAAUGGAAAUUUGAUGUUUUGGUCUGGGGACAUUGAAGAGGCUGUGAUGAAGUACUCAGAGGCUUUGAGUUUAUGCCCAUUAAAAAUGAAAAAAGAGAGACUUGUUAUGUACAGCAAUAGAGCUCAAUGCAAUUUGCUGCUGAGGAACACUGAAGCCGCCAUUAGUGACGCAACUCGAGCUCUUUGUCUAUCCAAUGCGGCGAGUCCUCAUGGUAAGAGCCUGUGGAGGAGAUCACAAGCUUAUGACAUGAAAGGGUUGGCAAAAGAGAGCUUGAUGGACUGCCUAGUAUUUGUCAGUGACUGGUUGAAGUCUGAGAAGUCCAAGGGUACAAAGAUCCCGUACUAUGUGUCACGUAUGAUUAACAAGCAGAUGAAUGCUACGUGGAUUUUUGCUUCUGCAAAGUUAGGGAGGGAAAAGAAUGAAGCCUAGGGACACAAGUUGAAGAUAAAAAUAGAAGAAUCCAACGACCAGCAUCAAGUUGAGGUUGAGCACUUGAUAAAGAUGAUGAAAAUGAAGAGGCAUACCAUAGGGUGGUCUUGGUAGGUCUUUCAUCGUGAGGUUUUGGCCUUUUUAUUAAUGCGGGAUCUGACUUGUUCUUGGUGGGGUUAAAUUUGAUUGAUGAUUAUAAAUUUGGUACAAAAAGUAAAAA